AUGAGUCGGAGAACACGACGCUGGAUUCUAAGAGUUUUACUUUGUCUGGGAAUUGUUUAUUUGAAAAUUGGUGGCUUCACGUCCGUGGUGGCCCUAGGUGCGAGCAUAAUCUGUAACAAGAUCCCCGGUUUGGCUCCGAGACAACGGAUUAUCUGCCAGAGUCGCCCCGAUGCCAUUAUCGUCAUCGGAGAGGGAGCCCAAAUGGGCAUCAACGAGUGUCAGUUUCAGUUCAAAAACGGGCGCUGGAACUGCUCUGCGCUUGGAGAGAGGACGGUCUUCGGAAAAGAGUUGAAAGUGGGAAGCAAAGAGGCUGCGUUCACCUACGCCAUCAUCGCAGCCGGAGUGGCCCACGCCAUCACCGCGGCCUGCACACAGGGGAACCUGAGUGACUGCAGCUGUGACAAGGAGAAGCAGGGUUUCUACAGCAAGGACCAGGGCUGGAAGUGGGGGGGAUGCUCGGCGGACAUCAGCUACGGCCUGGGCUUCUCCAAAGUGUUCAUCGAUGCUCGGGAGGUCAAGCAGAACGCAAGGACGCUCAUGAACCUCCAUAAUAAUGAGGUCGGACGCAAGGUCCUGGAGAAGAACAUGCGACUGGAAUGCAAGUGUCAUGGUGUCUCCGGCUCCUGCACCACCAAAACCUGCUGGACUACACUUCCCAAGUUCCGCGAGCUCGGCUACAUUCUCAAGGAGAAGUAUGCCCACGCCGUGCACGUGGAGACGGUGAAAGCCAGCCGCCACAAGCGCCCGAAAUUCCUGAAGAUCAAGAAGCCUCACUCCUACCGGAAGCCCAUGGAUUCGGACCUGGUGUACAUAGAGCGCUCGCCCAACUACUGCGAGGCCGACCACAUCACGGGCAGCCUGGGCACACAGGGCCGCAUGUGCAACAAGACUAUGAUGCAGCACAUCAGCGGCUGCGACCUCAUGUGCUGCGGCCGGGGAUACAACACGCACCAGUACUCGCGCGUGUGGCAGUGCAACUGCAAGUUCCUGUGGUGCUGCUACGUCAAGUGCAACACCUGCAGCGAGAGGACAGAGGUGUACACGUGCAAAUGA